ACGACUAAUAGCUAAACCACUUGGACUAUAAAACACAACAAAUCAUAAUCCUUGGAAAAGAACUGUGCCCUCCCAAUGAGUUCCUAUUUUGUAAACUCAACUUUCCCCGUGACUCUGCCCGGCGGACAGGAGUCUUUCUUGGGACAGAUACCGUUAUACUCCUCAGGAUACACGGAUCCUUUAAGACACUAUCCCGGCGCUGCCUAUGGAACUACCAGUGUCCAAGACAAGGCUUAUGCAUCCUCUUAUUACCAGCAGGCAAGCAGUGCCUAUGGCCGGACCAAUACUGCCGGUGCUUGCGACUAUGCAGCGGCCAGUUUUUACAGAGAAAAAGACCCCGCCUGUGCGAUUUCCAGCCUGGAGGAGCACUCGCUCGUUUUAAACCAGGAUCAGCGCAAGUCAGAUUGCACGGGACAUAACAAAAACAUAUUCGCUGAUGGCGAUGAACUGAAGUCAUCUGCCCCUGUCUAUCCGUGGAUGCAAAGGAUGAACUCUUGCAACGGAACCUUCGGCAAUGCCGGCCGCAGAGGUCGUCAGACUUACACCCGAUACCAGACGCUCGAGCUAGAGAAGGAGUUCCAUUUUAACAGGUAUUUGACCAGGCGGCGCCGAAUCGAGAUUGCGCACGCACUUUGCCUGACUGAACGGCAGAUAAAGAUAUGGUUCCAGAACCGCCGGAUGAAGUGGAAAAAAGAGAAUAAAGUGAUCAACUCCUCACAAACAAGCGGAGAGGAGGAGGAAGAAAAGAGGACAGAAUAA